UCCAACUUCGGACGCAGACUAGUGCACGUUAACGACUGUCGCAUUUACAAUACGACUCCGCUUACUCCGGCGCAGCAUUGCGAUGUUUGGACUGUUAUAAAAAUUUGUGAACUUGUGACAACAUACGCUCUUACUCAAACGAACUUUUUUGUUAAGUGUUUGUGAAAUCAGUGCAAGAUGCUUGUGGAGGAUUCGCAGGCAACUCGUGCGUUGAUGACCAAGAAGUAUGCGCAUUGCCCGCUGAAGAAGCGACCGGUGCUGGUGCGGGAGGAGCGGCCGGCGACACCGCCCACAACGCCGCCUCACCCCGCCCACAUGGCAACGCGACUUUACUAUGAUUAUCACUGUGAUACCGAAAAUGAAGAACCCCAGAAUCUUAGCACAAAACCAGAAGAUCUCUCUAAGACUGGCAACUAUCCAAGCAAGGCGUCAUCGCCUGUAGCUGCUACAGCGGUAAAAGUAGAACCCCGUGAAUGGUCGCAACAGCAACUGGAAUACUUAGAAGCUUGCCGGGCUCGUCUUGAGCCAGCGCCGACCCCACUCGCCCGCCCUACGCCGCAGUACGCCUAUCUACCGACACUUUACGCGCCUUACCCGCUGGAACAGCUGUACCCUGCCGCGCCAGCAUUAUCACCUCCUGCGCAUCCACAACUCUACGCUCGUUAUUCACCUGCUUCGCCGCCCUCAUCUUGUUCACCACCGCCAUGCCCUGAAGAUUUGCGAUCACCCGGUUCCGUCUCCUCCGAUUCAGGUGUCUCAGUUUCUACAUCGAGACGUCCUCGCUAUCAGUGCCCUGAUUGUGCAAAAUCCUAUUCCACUUACUCUGGACUUUCAAAACAUCAACAGUAUCACUGUGCGGCGGCUGAAGGCAGUCUCGCUAGAAAGUCAUUCAGUUGCAAGUAUUGUGCGAAGGUGUAUACAUCUUUAGGAGCACUUAAAAUGCAUAUUCGCACUCACACUUUACCGUGUAAAUGUCAUCUGUGUGGUAAAGCUUUCUCAAGGCCUUGGCUUCUACAAGGACAUAUUAGGACACAUACCGGAGAAAAGCCGUUCUCUUGUCACCAUUGUCGACGUGCAUUCGCGGAUAGAUCAAACUUGCGAGCGCAUUUACAAACUCACUCGGACGUUAAAAAAUACUCAUGUUCAGGCUGUGGAAAAACAUUUUCACGUAUGUCACUCUUGAGCAAACACUUGGAAAGUGGAUGCGGGGCUCCUAGUAGCACUCCUUAUGAAUAUCGUCCAGAAGCCUUGCCGUCGGCGCACACGCAUCAAACGUUGCCCUCAGCGGCUACUGUUCAUGCUUAUUAAAAAGACUGAACUGUAUAAGAUUAUCGAUCUCGUAUAGUUGUAAAUUUCAUUUUUAGUGACGACCGCUACAGUACUCUAUUAAUUAUUUAAAUUAUUUUUGUGGGAAAUUCAUGUUAAAGUCUCAUUCCGUGUGCACAAUAUAAUGAGAAUUUAUUAAUUUCUUAAGAAAAUAUUGUACAUUGAAACUCUUAGUUAUAAGUUAUAAUACGUUCAUAAUUAUAGAUAUUUUAGUCGCGCUAUAUGCGGCAUCGCUAGUCAUGUGGCAUUUGCCUGGUGUCAUACACAUAUUAAAACCUAUAUUUGUAUCCUAAGCCAUGUACAAAGUGCCUUAAUUAUAAAUAUUAAUAUAUUUCUUGAAAAAAUUACAAUAGUAUGUCAUAAUGCUAUUUUUAUUGUAUAAAAUAUAUAAAAAUAGUGACUAUUCAUGAGGCUAAUUUAGCCAUAUGCCCAUCGCGUUCCUUUCUGUUACCUCCUAUAUUACAGAAAAUAAAUCAUUACCUAGAUUGAAAAAUCUCUUUUUUACUUUACCU